AUGUACAACACAGUAUGGGAGUACACGAACUCCCUCAGUUCGGCCGAUCCAACGCGCGUCAUUCAGAUUAUCAGUGUAUUUCGCAGUCGAUACGCAGACAGCGUAGCCCUGAGUAUGUUACCAGGUGCUAUUGAAAUCCUACUCAUGGGUAUCAUCAGCCUUUACCAGGUAAUGUUAUCCAAACGCUCCGUGUUGCUAACCCAAAUUUGGGCGUACCGAUGCCAGAACGGACGUAUGCAGAUUGCUUAUCUCGCUCAAGUCAUGUAUCACUUCCUGCUCAAUUCCAAUAUGUACUGGACUUUCCACCGGAACCCCUCUAUUGUGAAUCUCGCACUAAGAUAUUAUGCUUUUUCUUAUUCAUUCAUCAACGAGAUCAAGGCUAGUGCAGAGAACUAUAAAAUUUCAGAAGCAAUGCUGCUAGCGUGA